UCGAAAGGAAAAACAAAAAAAAUGAUUUUUUGACUAAUUGGGGUAUUUUUGAAUCUUUUGCACGAGUCUGGGGGGGUGAGAUUCAAGGAAUUUGGGAAAAAAUUUUUUACGCAAUGCUUCGAAAGUUGAUGCGAGAUCUCGAGGAUUCUUUAUCACGAACUCAGUGAAAAAUAUUUGGAUUUUUCAAUAAAAAAUUUUGAAAAUGUGAGAUUAAGAAAUUUCAUGAUUGCAGAGGAACUGGAAUGUACUCCCGGCCCGUACAUGCUUCCCGACCCAAUGCGGUAUCCGGCAUUUUCCAUGAGCUGGAGAAGUCCAUUGAGAAAAGUUGUGACGAGCGCAGGACCUUACGACUUGCCGGGUGGAUUGAACGGUCCUUGUUUCUCAAUAAUACCGAGGCAAGAUCCAAUCGAAACUAAAGGGGGAGGCCCGGGUCCGUCGCCUCCGUUCAGCGUGGAUCCAAUAAAGCCACGAGCACCAGCAUACACGAUAGGACUUCGUAUGAAACCGGAAGCGGAAGCCGAAGAGUGCAGCCCCGGCCCGGCUUACUAUCCGAAAGAUUUAGACAGGGAAAGAUAUUCCUUCAAAUUUGGCAUGAAGCACAAUCCUUGUAUACAACCGUACAUAACAGAAUGCGACAAGGAAGCUUGCUGAUUUGGAAUAAU